GCUGAGGACCCGGGGGGGCCUGUGGACGAUGCUGGGGAGGAGGAGGACGCCCGCGCCGGCGAGGUCGACACCAGCACGGCGGCUGAGCCUCCGCUCGAGGUGGAUGCGAGGGUGAGGGAUUUAGUCCAGAAGGUACAUGUCAACUUAGGACCGGGCAUGGUGAUAUAUCAGUACAACAACACCGCCUGGGUCAGCAUGAGGUCCAGACUCUGGAAGUGCGCUUCUGAGCAACUCCGGCCCGCCACGGGCCCCGAGGCCCGAGGGGCCGAGCUCCUGAGCGAUCCGGGGGUGUCCGAGUUGGUGCGACAGGCGCCGAGCAACAACCUCGCGACGGUGUACGUGAUGGACGGCUACGACAGGGCGUGGCCCCGGGCGUUCUGUCAGAGGAAGGCCGAGUGGAUGCAGCUGUUGUUUCAGGACGCAGUUUUCGGCGCGGUUAUCGACGAGUGUUGGCAGGGCAAGGUAGGCCCCUUUGCAUCCUUGCUGAGGAAAGAUUGCACCCUCAACACCCAGCCCACCAACAACCUGGCCAUCGUCGAUGCCAAGGGGAUUUUCGAUACUCUGGACCGGGACACCGGGGGUUCCAAAAACGACCGACGGGUGGCGAUUGAUCUAUCAGUGUGCCGGGAGAGUUUAUCGCGUCUCGGGGGGACCAUCCGGUGGAUGCCACGCCCCUUUAUGCCAGUGGAUGUGAUGACGAAAGCAGAUGUGAGUAAGGGGAACGCCGCACAGCUCCAGCUCCUCAAGACCGGCAUGAUGCGGCUUACAGCAGAGAAGGAUUCCAUCACGCACCGCCGUCAGGACCCGUCUUCCAAGGCCAG